AGAAAAAGAAAAAGAAAAAUCAUCUCCUGAUUCUCGUCCAGUCGCAUGAUCGUAUCUGCUUGAAUUUCUCUCCGCUUCAGCCGUCCUACUCCUUUCCUAUUCUCCAAUGGAAAAAUCAGGCUACGGCCGAGAUGGCAUCUACAGGUCUCUCCGACCGCCUCUUGUGCUCCCCGAAGACCCCAACCUUUCCAUGGUCACAUUCCUCUUCCGAAACUCUUCCUCCUAUUCUCACAAACCGGCUCUCAUCGACGCCGAUUCCUCCCAAAUCUUAUCCUUCUCUCAAUUCAAAUCCACCGUCGCCAGAAUCUCCCGCGGCUUUCUCCGCCUAGGCAUCACCAAGAACGACGUCGUCCUCAUCUUCGCCCCGAAUUCCAUCCAGUUCCCUCUCUGCUUCCUCGGCGUCGUCGCCAUCGGCGCCAUCGCCACCACCGCCAAUCCCGUCUACACCGUCCAUGAGCUCGCCAGGCAAGUCAACGACUCCAACCCCAAGUUGAUCAUAACCGUCCCGGAAUUGUGGGACAAAGUCAAAAAUUUCAACCUCCCAGCUGUCUUUUUGGGGUCCAAUCAUUCUUCUUCUUCUUCAAGCGUUAUCCAUUUCGACGCCUUGGUUAGGUUGGGCGGGACCGGGUCCGAUUUCCCGGAGAGUAAUGUGAAGCAAAACGACACCGCAGUGCUGCUAUACUCUUCCGGCACGACCGGCACGAGCAAGGGGGUGAUCCUGACUCACAGGAAUUUCAUUGCGGCGUCUCUGAUGGUGGCGAUGGACCAAGAGCUCUCCGGCGAGGCGCACAACGUGUUCCUCUGCGUGCUGCCGAUGUUCCACGUGUUCGGGAUGGCGGUGAUCGUGUACUCGCAGCUGCAGAUCGGGAACGCGGUUGUGUCGAUGGGGAGGUUCGAGCUGGAGAAACUUCUGAGGGCGGUGGAGAAGUACAGGGUGAGCCAUCUGUGGGUUGUACCGCCGAUCAUUCUGGCGCUGGCGAAGCACAGCGUGGUGAAAAAGUACGAUCUCUCGUCGUUGAGGCAUCUCGGUUCAGGCGCGGCGCCUCUGGGGAAGGAUUUGAUGGAGGAGUGCGCCAGAAAUAUUCCUCAGGCUGCGGUCGUUCAGGGCUAUGGUAUGACGGAAACUUGUGCAAUUGUUUCUGUGGAGAAUCCAAGAGUAGGCGUUCGGCAUACUGGUUCAGCUGGGACGCUUGCUUCGGGAGUUGAAUCCCAAAUAGUCAGUGUAGAUACAUUGAAGCCACUUCCUCCUAAUCAGUUGGGGGAGAUAUGGGUUCGGGGGCCUAAUAUGAUGCAAGGUUAUUACAACAAUGCACAGGCCACCAAACUGACCAUAGAUAAGAAGGGUUGGGUACACACAGGAGAUCUCGGAUAUUUCGAUGGAGAUGGGAACCUUUAUGUUGUUGACCGAAUUAAAGAGCUCAUCAAGUGCAAAGGUUUUCAGGUUGCGCCGGCAGAACUUGAAGGGCUGCUUGUUUCUCACCCUGAGAUACUAGAUGCUGUUGUCAUCCCAUUUCCUGAUGCUGAAGCUGGUGAAGUCCCAGUUGGAUACGUUGUUCGGUCACCCAAUAGUUCACUGACCGAAGAAGAUGUUAUGAAAUUUAUUGUUAACCAGGUUGCACCUUUCAAAAGAUUGCGGAGGGUGACGUUCAUAAAUAAUGUCCCUAAAUCUGCUGCAGGAAAGAUCCUGAGAAGAGAGCUGAUUGAGAAAGUAAGGUCCAAAAUGUGAAAUCGAAUGUUUGCUGCAGGAUGCACUUGUUUCUUUUUUAAAUUAGAUGGUAUUCAUUUGAAUUGUUGAAGAGAUUUAACCAUAAUAUUCUGUCAACAAUAAAAACAUUUAUUCAAGCA